AUGCUUCGUAUAAGUGGUUCAAGAAGGUCUAAAAUACUAGCAUAUAGGAGUGUUAACAACUUGCGUAGGCUUUCUGUGAGCUCAGUUGCUCGUUUGGCCGAGCUGCCAAUUCCAAAGCCACCAACUACACCAAUAUUAAAGGAAGACAUCAAAACUAAUACUGGUAAAAAAAGAACUUCAUUUAUUGGUAUAUUGUUUAGGACAUUACUUGUGGGUACGGUAGCAUAUGGUGGGACUUUAUAUGUAGCCACCAAGAAUGAUAAAGUGAUGGACUUUGUAAUUGACAAUCAGUUACCUUAUCACGAAGAGAUUUUCGACUUUUUUGAGCACACAACAACAGAUGAUGUUAAAAAUAAGUUCAAUGACUUGAAAGAAUAUGCUUCGAAUUUUAGUUUACCUACGAAAGAUCAAAUGAAGGAUUUAGGGCAAAAAUUGGAGGAUAAGGGCGAGUCUUUCAUUUCUGAGACGAAGAAGAGAUUGAGUCCAUCUGAAAGACAGAAAGCUAUUGAAGAUUCACAUCCUUUACCGGAGGAGCAGUUGCAAAAGCCAGUUGAGGUAGAAAGUGUUAGGAAAGACAUCAGCAAGUUGCGAUUAAUUUCAGUUGACAGUUCAAAGACAGAUCCUAGUAUUCAAAGAGCUAUUGAUUUAUUGAAUGAAUUGACGCAAUCCGUUCCAGAAAAUCCAGCUAACGAAAAACUAGUGAAAGCAAUUCAGAGUAGUGUAACUGAGUUAAGUGAAAAACUCAAUGGAUUGAGUCAAAGGUUUGAUGAUGAGGUAGCCAGUAAGUUGAAGGUAUCUCAGACAGAAUUGUUGUCGUCUUAUACUCAAAAAGAAUUGGAAUUGACUGAGAACUUGAUUGCUCAAUUCAACAGAGAAAAAUCUCAGUUGGACAAAAAAUACGAUGCUAGAUUACAGCAGGAAAUCGAUGCUACAAAGCAAGCUCUUUCACAGGCUGCUGUCAAUGCUAUUUCAAUGGUGAGACUAGAACAAACGAAAAACUUCGAAGCUUUGGUUAAGAAUAAAAUUGAUUCUGAAAGAGAAGGACGUUUAGCGAACUUGAAUAAAUUGGAUUCUAAAGUUUCGGACUUAGAAAAAUUUUCCACUAGUUUAGAGUCUCAAAUUUCGAGCAAUAACCAGAGGUUAAAGAUCCAAAGGGCUUUGGAGAAUUUCAAGAAUGCAUUUGGACGUGAAGGGCCUGAAUUAAAAUCUUUGAGCCCAUAUCUCGAUCAUUUGACGGAAGUUUCAAAUGAGACCAAAGACGAAUUGCUCGCAGUUGCAUUGGCAGAUUUAAGGCCCUUGAUUGUUGGUGAGAACUCAAAAUCUAUUUUGUCAACUGCACAGCUUUUAUCUCGCUGGGAACAAUUGACACCUGAGUUGCGCUCAUCAUCUUUGUUGCCUCCUAACGCUGGUUUAUUGGGUCAUUUGACUUCCAGAAUUUUCUCAGCCUUCCUUUUCCCUGUUAAAGGGUCUAAGCCUGAUGGAAGGGAUAUUGAAUCAGUCAUUGGAAGGGUCGAAUCAAGUUUAUCGAGAGGAGAGUUGGAUUCUGCUGUUGAAGAGGUUGCAAACUUGAAAGGUUGGCCAAGAAGGCUAGCUAAUGACUGGCUUGUUGAAGGCAGAAAGAGUUUAGAGAUUAAGUUUUUGAUUGACUUGAUCUCAACUGAAGCUAUAAUUUUGUAA